UUUACUCUUCCAUUUUAAAUAUCAACAACAAAAUUAGUAAACCCUCAAUAAAAUCUUUGUUUCUUCUUCUUCACUACUAAUAAAAAUGCAGUGUUGUUCAUGUUCUUCUACCAAACUCUCAUCGCCUUCCUAUCCUUCCAUUCUCAACGUCCAGGGUUCUUCAUCAGCUGUUGGGAGGAAAUUUUCUAAGAAUUGUUUACAUCCUCAGUUGCUGUCCUCUUCUCCAUUGCCUAAACCCUUUCUUCAACUUAGUUACAUAUCAAACACUUUUCUUUACCAAAACAGCUCAUUUAAUCUCCCUUCAAGAACCUAUAGAGGAACUAUAUCAGCUGAAUCUUGGGACCUUGGUAGAUUUUUGAAAACGUUAUAUUUUUUCAAUGGACCCCCUUCUCCAGCUAAGUUUGUUGAAUUUAUAAUUGACAAGUUAUCAAGUCCAUCGCCCCAAGAAUCCGCGAAGAAGAUGGAAAAUUCAGGCAUUGUGCUUGUAGCUGGAGCUACAGGCGGUGUGGGUAGAAGAGUGGUGGAUAUUUUGCGAAACAAAGGCUUGCCUGUACGAGUGUUGGUAAGAAAUGAAGAGAAGGCAAGAAGGAUGCUAGGUCCUGAUGUCGACUUGAUUAUUGGAGAUAUUACCAGGGAGAGCACUUUAAAACCUGAGUACUUCAAAGGAGUGAGAAAAGUCAUUAAUGCUGUUUCAGUAAUUGUCGGCCCAAAGGAAGGAGACACUCCAGAAAGAGCAAAAUACAGCCAAGGAAUCAAGUUCUUUGAACCAGAGAUUAAAGGUGAUUCACCUGAAAAGGUUGAGUAUUUGGGGAUGAAAAAUUUGAUUAAUGCUGUAAAGGGGAGUGUUGCACUUCGACAGGGGAAAUUACUCUUUGGAUUUGAAGAUGAUAGUUUUAAAGAACUCCCUUGGGGUGCUUUAGAUGAUGUUGUGAUGGGGGGCGUUAGUGAAAGUAAAUUUCAAAUUGACUGUACUGGGGGUGAAAAUGGUGGACCAACAGGGCUUUUUAAAGGUGUUGUUUCCACUGCAAACAAUGGUGGCUUUACAAGUAUCAGAACAAGGAAUUUUUCUGAGCCAGAGGAUCUUUCUGCUUAUGAUGGUUUGGAGCUGCGCCUAAAAGGUGAUGGCCGUCGGUAUAAACUUAUUGUUCGCACUAGUCCUGAUUGGGACACUGUGGGUUAUACAGUGGGCUUUGACACUGUGGGAGACCAGUGGCAAUCAAUACACUUGCCAUUCACUUCUUUGAGGCCCAUAUUUCGAGCACGAACUGUAUCAGAUGCUCCACCCUUUGACCCUAGCAAUAUUGUGUCAUUGCAGCUCAUGUUCAGCAAGUUUGAAUAUGAUGGGAAAUUAAAUCCCACUUUUGUGGAAGGGGCAUUUCAGCUUCCUGUGUCGUACAUACGUGCUUAUAUAAAGGAACCUAUCGCUCCAAGGUUCGUCCAUGUGAGCUCUGCAGGAGUUACCCGACCUGAAAGGCCUGGACUGGAUCUAAGUAAACAACCUCCUGCUGUACGCUUGAACAAGGAGUUGGGUUUCAUUCUCACAUUUAAGUUGAAGGGAGAGGAUUUAAUACGAGAAAGUGGAAUCCCGUAUACCAUUGUGAGGCCUUGUGCAUUAACUGAGGAGCCUGCUGGAGCAGAUCUCAUUUUUUAUCAAGGAGACAACAUAACGGGAAAAGUAUCAAGGGAAGAGAUUGCUCGCAUAUGUAUUGCUGCCUUUGAAAGUCCAUUUGCAUGUGACAAGACGUUUGAGGUUAAGAGUACUGUUCCAUUUAGUGAACCCUUUACAGUUGACCCUGAAAACCCUCCCCCAGGGAAGGACUACAACGUUUAUUUCAAAACCUUGAAAGAUGGCAUUACCGGGAAAGAAAGCUUGGAGCAAAGUCCAGUACCAGUGUGAUGCUCUUGUUUGGAAGGUCCACCUUCAGCGCUAUACCUUGAAUAUUUUCUUACAACAGUACGAGAUCAUCAAAGAAAAUAUGGGUUAGGAAGAGAAAUUCACCGCCGUUAUGUUGAUGUUAGAUGAUGUAAAUGCUAUACAAUAAGUUGGUUAAGUGUAAAUGACUAUCAUAUAAUGUUUGAGAUGGUGAUGGUCUGUACAUUUUCCUGUAUACAUAAGCACGUUAAUGCCGAUAAAA